CUUCCCAGAAACUCUUCCUCGGCUUCCUGAUCUCUGACUCUGGUCUCUGAGCUCUGGACUUUUUCUUUCCCACUGAGCUAUAAGGAUUUUAAAGAAUCUUUUCUACUUCACGAUGGAGGCCACCUCUGUGGAGUACGGAGACACCUAUGACUACUACGAUGACAACGAGACCGCCUGUGACUUCUCAGAGUGGGAGCCAUCCUACUCCCUCAUCCCUGUGUUCUACAUGCUGAUCUUCAUCCUGGGCCUGUCGGGUAAUGGCGUCGUCAUCUUCACCGUCUGGAGGUCCAAAUCCAAACGCCGGGCAGCAGAUGUCUACAUUGGUAACCUGGCCCUGGCCGACCUGACCUUCGUGGUGACCCUGCCUCUGUGGGCGGUCUACACAGCGCUGGGCUACCACUGGCCCUUUGGCGUGGCACUCUGUAAGAUCAGCAGCUAUGUGGUCCUGGUCAACAUGUAUGCCAGCGUUUUCUGCCUCACCUGCCUGAGCUUUGACCGUUACCUGGCCAUCGUGCACUCCCUGUCCAGCAGCAGGCUGCGUUCCCGGGCCACCAUGCUGGCCUCACUGGGUGUGAUCUGGUUCUUGUCGUGUCUGCUGGCUGUUCCCACACUCUUGUUCCGCACCACCGUGUACGAGCAGAACAACAACCGAACGACCUGCGCCAUGGACUUCAGUCUGGUGACCAUGAACCAGAGGCACGAGUCCCUCUGGAUAGCUGGACUCAGUUUGUCCUCAUCAGCUCUGGGCUUCCUGCUGCCAUUCCAGGCCAUGACCAUCUUCUACUGCUUCAUCGGCUGCACGGUCACACGGCACUUCAAUAACCUGCGCAAGGAGGACCAGAAGAAAAAGCGGCUUCUGAAGAUCAUCACCACGCUGGUGGUGGUGUUUGCAAUCUGCUGGACGCCGUUCCACGUGCUGAAGAGCAUGGACGCCCUAUCCUACCUGAACCUAGCUCCCAACUCCUGCGGCUUCCUGCGCUUCCUGCUCCUGGCUCACCCGUACGCCACCUGUUUGGCGUACGUCAACAGCUGCCUCAACCCCUUCCUGUAUGCCUUCUUUGACCUGCGCUUUCGUUCUCAGUGUCUGUGCCUCCUCAAUUUGAAGAAGGCUAUGCACGGCCACAUGAGCUCUAUGUCGUCCACGCUCAGCGCCCAGACUCAGAAGUCUGAGGUCCAGUCCCUGGCCACCAAGUUGUAGAGCGGGCAGGUGAAGGUGGAGCAGGGCUGCGGGACAGUUUGACCUCCAACCUUUGGAACGCUUGUAAAAAUAAGGAUUUUGCGUUCAGAGCUGGUGAGGUGAUGAAUGCUGGACUGCCGUGGCUCUCAUGAGACUUCCGUGGACUUGGGGAGCUUGAACGAGCCAGUGCCUCAGAGAAGAUGCCUAUUUUUUGUUCCAUUUAGUGACUGAGGCAGCGCGCUGUGCCGCUGCCUGUUGUUUCUGUUUGUCUUUACACUGGAUGAAGCCUAAUGCUGUAUUUUCGUACCAGAGCUGCAGGUUUUGCACCUGUCUGGUUUCUGGUGAGCACUUGUUGAAUGAUGACAGGGAAACGUGUCCGUGCUGUUUGGAAGGCGAGUGAGACAUCAGAGGAGAAAAGGUGUCGUGGUUUAAUGAUGUGUUUGGAGUCGGGGGGAGACGGCAGAUGGCUGCUGACAAAUGUUGUGGAACGAGAACCUCACACGUACUGAUGUCUGUGUUUUAUUCUUUCACCAUGCUGGAACUAACUACUGCAUUAAAGAUGAAGUGGCUUCAUGGC